GGAAUCCUUUUCGCCGUACCGAGUCACCGGAAGUCGAGCUAGCAACGUUCAUGCGUGUUCGUGUUGACAACAAAAACUGUCACAGAUAGUUUGUAAGAGUAAGGAUUGACAGGGUGCUUCUACGAGCUUCGAAAUAAAACAUGUCCGACAACGAAGACAACUUCGAUGAUGGAGAUUUUGAUGAUGCCGAGGAGGACGAGGGAUUAGAUGAUCUGGAAAACGUGGAAGACGAGGACCGAGAGAAUGUGCAGAUCCUGCCAGCAGGGGAGGGACAGCAGGCAAACCAGAAGAGGAUCACAACACCGUACAUGACCAAAUACGAGAGGGCCAGAGUGCUGGGGACACGAGCUCUCCAGAUAGCGAUGUGUGCUCCAGUCAUGGUGGAGCUGGAGGGAGAAACAGACCCGUUGCAAAUAGCUAUGAAAGAGCUCAAGAGCAGAAAGAUCCCCAUCAUCAUACGCAGGUACCUUCCUGACGGGAGCUAUGAGGACUGGGGUUGUGAUGAGCUCAUCAUAACUGAUUAAACGUAUUAUCCAGUCAGAGAGGUGUAUGCUGUUUCACACCCACCGUUGUACCAGGUCAGUCAGCUGCACAAAUCCAGGGGACUCUUCAGACCGAUGCCGUCAUCGCCCACUUGUUCAAGCCUCCAUUGGAGCCACAAAUGAUCUGGUGACUCUGUCAGCUGGUGAAAUACAAACACAUGAAAGGAAGGUUGAUAUUCUCAUGGUCUGACUGGCGGUUGUUUCAACACAACUAAAGUGAAAUUCAAAGUUCGGUUCCACUGUACUUCCUGAUUAAACAGCCGCAGUAUAGCUGACAACCACAAGGGGGAAAUGUAACUUAAGUCAAACUUUUACUCUGUUUUACAAAUCCUGUGUUAUAUAUUUCCAUUUGUUGUUUUGAAGGAGAAAGGGUAUUAGUGUAAAAUAGAUGUUUUAUAUUUUAGAAUAAACUCUUUUGUAUAAAUAACCAUGUCUUAUUCGUAUUACACGCACACUGACUGUAAUGACUUUGAAGUUACACUCAUGGUUAAUAUCUAUGUCACAAGGAGUUAACAGUAUAAUCAGGCAAUAAACCGGUUACCCUUCAACAAA